AUUCUCUCUCCCAUUCCUCCCCACCUCCUCCUCUCUCUCUCUCUCUCUAAAGACUAGUAGUUUUCAGUGGCAGUGGAGGAGCGUUGAUAAUUGAAAUGGAGUGUUACUGAAGAGAAAAAAGGUUAAUUAAUUGACCUCAGCUUGCUAUUCUCUCUCUCUCUCUCUCUCUCUCUCUCUCUGGAGACUUGUGUGUGGGAGUAGUUUGAUUAAUGGGCGUGACCUCUCUGCAAGUGUGCAUGGAUUCAUCCGACUGGCUACAGGGUGUGAUGAACGAGGACACUGGAAUGGAUUCCUCACAUUCCUCCCCAGCUUCCGGAGAGCUGCUGACGUGUACAAGGCCGCCGCCGCCGGCUGCGGGGCUGAUGGAGAGGCGGCUGCGACCUCAACACGACCAAGCCCUAAAAUGCCCACGCUGUGACUCCACCCACACCAAGUUCUGCUACUAUAACAACUACAGCCUCUCCCAGCCUCGCUACUUCUGCAAGACCUGCCGCCGCUACUGGACCAAAGGCGGCACCCUCCGCAACAUCCCCGUCGGCGGCGGCUGCCGUAAGAACAAAAAAUCCUCCUCCUCCUCCUCGGCCGCCAAAAAAUCCACCUCCAUUAACCACCAAAUUAACGGCGCCGGAUCGAACACACCGCCCUCGCUACUGUUGACCUCCCACGCUCCCACCGAUCUCCACCUGUCCUUCCCCGCCGACGCGCAGCUUUCCCACCUCACCACUAGCCUCCUCGGGAACCCACCAGCGAAGCCCUUGGAUUUAGCGGACAGCAAGUUUGAGGGGAUCAAUUUCAUGGGUCAGGACGAAAUGGGCAUGGUGGGCGAGUUCGGAGAGCACAUUGGUUCUUCUCACGGGUUCGGAUCCAAUUUCAACGUAGAUAAUUUUCACGGGUUGUGCUCGUCAUCGACGUCUCCGUUUGGGAUUUCUUUGGAUGGGAGUAAUUAUAAUUAUAACUACGGUGGAACGACAUCGUCUUUGCUGGAUACUUGUCAGAGGUUAAUGCUCCCCUACGAAGGAUACGAUGAUCAUCACCAUCAUGAAGAUCAUGAUCAGAAUGCUCAUGGGCAUGAGAUCGACGUGAAGCCAAACGCCGGGAAGAUCCUGGCCCUUGAUUGGCAUGAACAGGGGAAGGAUCAUUCCUUUGGGUGUCUGGGAUCGUGGGGGGCUGGAAUGAUGAACCCUUACGGACCAUCCACGACAAACCCAUUAGUCUGAUUAAUUAAUGGAAUGGUUUUGAGAUGAUCUGCGCCGGCGGGUAGCUGGCCGGGGGUUUCUUUCCGGGAAGGUGGUCUUGAAUAUUUUUUAAAGAGAUUUGACGAUCAUCAUAUCAACAGAAUGUGAAUGGAGGGACGAGAGUCCAAAAAUGACUACCUAUAGCUUAAUUAAUUAUAAUUACUAUUGUUUUCUUUUUCAUUUUUUUGUUGUUAAUUUGUAAUUUUAGGCUUGUUUGGGGGGGGGGGGGGGGGGGGGGGCUUGUGCUGUGUCGGGGAAUUGAAGGAGUUCAGAGGCUGUAGGGAUUUUGUUGUGACCGAGAAAGAUAUAACUGGUUUUUUUUUCCGUUGUCUAUAAGUACAAAAAGAGAAUUC